GACUCUUCAUUUUUCAUUCAUGCAACAGUUCUAUGCUCAUAUUUACUUUUGCAGGGUUUUUGAGUUGAAAUUAGCAAGGAUAUUUCAAGAGAUUGGCUGACGUGGCAGUUUAGAGAGAGAGAGAGAGAGAGAGGGAGAGAGAGAGAGAGUUUUUGAAGUUGGUUUGAUCAGAAGUGAAAAUGGAUUGGAAUCGUUCGGCCGGAACCAGCAAUCGAUCGUCGCCGAAAGACGAGUUCACUGAUUUGGUGCUUUCAUGGUCUCUUCAAGACAUCUGUAAUGAUAAUCUCUACAAAGACCAGGUGGAGAAGAUUCCAAAGUCAUUUGAAUCCGUUGAUACGUAUCUUGGUUCGUACAUCUUUCCUUUACUAGAAGAAACACGUGCCGAACUUCGUUCCGCCACCGAAACUGUAUGUAAUGCACCUUCUGCUGAGGUGGCAUCUUUUACGGAGCGAACACACGGGAAAUUCGUGUACAAUGUUAAGGUUGGUCAAUGGAGAAAUGUUGCCAGUGGUUCUGGUAGUGAGCGGCACAGAAUCUUGCCGGGUGAUGUUGUUCUUCUUUCGGAUUCGAACCCCGAAGCUAAUUCCCGCUCACAACUUAUCGGCGGGACGUAUAUUUUUGCAUGUAUAAAUAAUAUCAAGAACGAUGAUAGUUUUGUACUCAAAACCGCCGAGCAGAUUGAAACCGAGGAUGUUAAAAAAAGGCCGCGCUAUGUGAUUCACUUGAUGAACAUAAUUCCACAUAAAAGAAUAUGGAAAGCGUUACGUAUGCGUUGGAAUUUGAACCUUGUCGAGAAAUCAAUCACCGCGAAUGACUUGGGAGUGGAAAUGUGUGAAGUUUGCCCUUUCCAAUACAAUGUUGAGAUGGAGGAGAAACUGCGAUCGAGUUUAUCGUCCAAGUUAAAUGAAUCGCAACUCGACGCGAUUUCGGCAUGUCUAUCCAAAUCCGAGUGCAGCCACACGUCAUCAGUCGAACUCAUAUGGGGUCCACCCGGAACUGGAAAAACAUCAACCUUAAGCAACUUGCUUCAUCUUCUCCUGAAAAAGAACGUUCGGACACUCGUUUGUGCACCGACAAACGUCGCAGUUAAAGAACUCGCCUCUCGUGUGGUAGCACUAGUAAGAAACUCUGUUUUAACCGAGUCUCGAGGCAACCUAUUGCCUUGUCCUUUAGGAGACAUGUUCAUAUUUGGAAACAACGAUCGUCUUAAAGUUGGCGCCGACAUCGAAGAAAUCUAUUUGGAUUAUCGUGUUAAGAAGCUUGUACAUUGCUUAUCGACAAUAACCGGUUGGAAGCACUGCGUUGCAUCGAUGCUCGAUUUUCUUGAAGACUGUGUUUCUCAUCAUCAAAUCUUUGUGGAGAAUAAUAAUGGGCUAAUCAAAUCACUUUUGGAGUUUGCUAGGGAUCGAUUCGCAAAUUUAGCACCACCGCUGAGAGAUUGCAUGUCGACGCUAAUCACUCAUUUACCAACAAGUUUCGUUCGCGAGCAGAUGUUUCGAAGCAUAAUGCAACUAAUGUCUCUUCUCGAUUCGAUUGAGACGUUGUUGUUUGACGACAAGAGCAGCUUGACAUCUGAAGAACUAGAGAGAAUCUUUUUACAAGACGGAACUAAUUGUGUUGAUACAUCGUCCAUAAUAUAUAUCAGAAGCCAAUGUCUGAAUGUUCUGAGAUCCGUUAGGGCUUCUCUAGAUAAACUCGGACUGCCAAAUGGCGUUGGAAUAACCUCCACAUCCGCAGAUUUUUGUUUCGGAAAUGCUACUUUAAUUUUUUGCACCACUUCAACUGCAUAUACGCUGCACAAAUGUAAAACGGAACUUUUCAAAAUGUUGGUGAUCGACGAAGCUGCUCAAGUGAAGGAAUGUGAAUCGAACAUAGCACUUCAGAUCCCGGGUUUGAUGCAUGCAGUUCUUGUUGGAGACGAAUACCAAUUACCAGCCACAGUUAAGAGCAAGAUAUCGGAAAAAGCUGGAUUUGGGAGAAGUAUGUUUGAAAGAUUGAGUUUGUUAGGUCACCCUAAGCAUCUGCUUAAUGUGCAAUACCGAAUGCAUCCGUCAAUAAGUCGGUUUCCGAAUUCGAGUUUCUAUCGGAACCAGAUAUUAGAUGCGCCUAUUGUGCAGUGCCGAAGCUACGAAAGAUGCUAUCUUCAAGGGAGGAUAUACGGGCCUUAUUCGUUUAUAAAUAUUCCCGGGAGUAACGAAGAAUUUGAUGAUUUCGGGCGCAGUCGAAGAAAUAUGGUUGAGGUGGCUGUAGCUGUGAUGCUAGUGCACAAACUCUUCAAAGGUAUGCUAACAAUCAUCGGCUUGAUUUCCCCAUACGCGGCGCAAGUUGCAGCAAUUCAAGACAAGGUUCAGCGCAAGUACGGGAACCUCGAAAAGUUUAUAGUCAACGUGAAGUCAAUCGACGGCUUUCAAGGCGGAGAGGAAGAUAUAAUAAUUAUAUCAACUGUAAGGUCUAGUAAAGGUGGAUCCAUUGGUUUCUUGUCGAGCCCUCAAAGAACCAACGUAGCUUUGACAAGAGCUCGUCAUUGUCUCUGGAUAUUAGGAAACGAAAGAACUUUGAGUGAAAGUGAUGCAGUUUGGAAAGCACUAAUAUCCGAUGCUAAGGAACACGAUCGUUUCUUCACUGCCGACGAAGAUUGCGACAUUCAAAAAGCUAUUGUAGACGUUAAGAAAGAGUUGGAACAACUCGAAGACCUUCUUAGUGGCAAUAGUCCACUCUUCAAAAAUUCAAGUUGGAAGGUUGUAUUCAGUGAAAACUUCCGAAAGUCGUUUCAGAAAUUGAAUCCUUCCAAUGUUAAGAAUCUCGCGAUAACUGUUUUACUUAAGCUUGCAAGUGGCUGGCGGCCCAAGAAUAUAAACGUGGACUGGAAAUGCGAGAGCUCUUCGUAUAUUGUGAAGCAAAUCAAGGUUGCAAAUUACUAUGUUGUGUGCUCAAUCGACUUAGUUAAGGACCCUAUUUACGUACAAAUUUUCAAAGUGUGGGAUAUAUUGCCUAUGACGGAGACUACAAAGCUACUGAAACGGCUUGACAGCAUUUUUGCUAUGUAUACGGAUGAUUUUAUCAACCGCUGCAAUGAGAAGAUGCGCGAGGGGAAUUUGGAGGUGCCAAAGAGUUGGUCGGUAUCCGAUGAUAUAAUCCGGUUCAAGAAUCAAAAUGAAACCAAAGUCAAUAGUAGUGCGAGUGUUGAAUGCAGAAGUCAUGUUGAAAAUGCCAAAGUGAACGAGAGCUUAUUGUUGAUGAAAUUUUAUUCAUUGUCGAGUGAUGUUGUGAAUCAUUUGCUUACCGAUGUCGAGGGAAGAGAAGUGGAUCUCCCGUUUGAGGUUACCGAUGAAGAGCGUGCAAUAAUAAUGUUUCCAAGGAGCAGCUUUAUAUUAGGUCGAUCUGGUACUGGGAAGACGACUAUUUUGACUAUGAAGUUGUACCAGAAGCUUCAUCAGUACUCCAUUGCCACACGGGAUUCUAUGACAGCUGGCGAUGUUGCGCCUAUUUUGCAUCAGCUUUUUGUUACCGUUAGUCCAAAACUCUGUUAUGCUGUCAAAAAGCAUGUAUCUCAUCUAAAGAGCUUUGCUAGUGAGAACGCCUCCGAAAAUAACAACUUAGCGGAUAUGGAUGACUUAGACGAAAUGGCUGAAUUUAGAGAUAUACCGGACACAUUUGUUGGCAUCGAACCAGAAAAAUAUCCUCUGAUCAUCACAUUUCAUAAGUUUUUAAUGAUGCUCGAUGGUACUUUGGGUAAUUCUUACUUUGAGAGAUUUCGUGAUGUAAGAGGCUCCUCACAGUACGAAGGAAGAAGAUCUAUUGCACUGCAGACUUUCAUAAGGAGAAACGAGGUUACUUAUGACCGUUUUCGGUCCUUAUAUUGGCCCCAUUUCAAUGCUAAGCAUACAAAAAUUCUCGAUCCCUCAAGAGUGUUCACUGAAAUUAUGUCGCAUAUCAAAGGAAGUCUAAAAGAAGGGGAAUCGGGCGAAACCAAGCGAAGCAGGGAGGGGUACGUUUCACUAUCUGAAAGUAGGGUGUCCACUUUAUGUGCAGAGAAGAGGGAUGCGAUUUAUGAUAUUUUCGACGACUACGAGAAAAUGAAAGUGGAGCGUGGUGAAUUUGAUCUUGCUGAUUUUGUGAUCGACAUUCAUCUACGGCUCAAGAACGAGGAGGAUUUAAUGGGUGAUAAAAUGGAUUUCGUGUACAUCGACGAAGUGCAAGACCUCACCAUGAGGCAAAUUUCCCUUUUUCGAUUUAUUUGCAAAAAUGUGGACGAAGGAUAUGUAUUUUGCGGCGAUACAGCACAGACGAUUGCACGAGGGAUUGACUUUCGGUUUGAAGACAUUAGAUCAUUGUUCUAUAAUGAGUUCUUUAUGAAAUCAUCAAGAAUUUGUGAGCCUUCAGCUUCAGGGAGGAGAGAGAAAGGGGUUAUAUCGGAUACGUUUUGUUUAUCGCAGAAUUUCCGUACUCAUACUGGUGUACUUAGGUUGGCACAAAGUGUCAUAGAUCUUAUUUGCCAUUUUUUCCCACAAUCAAUUGAUGCAUUGGCUCCAGAGACUAGUCUUAUAUACGGUGAGUCACCUGUUGUACUCGAACCGGGUAGUGACGAGAAUUUGAUUAUGAGUAUUUUUGGACAUAGUGGACAUGAUGGUGGAAAAUGGGUCGGGUUUGGUGCUGACCAAGUAAUUUUAGUACGGGACGAUUCUGCCAGAAACGAAAUUUUCAACUACAUUGGCAAACAGGCUCUUGUUCUGACUAUAGUUGAGUGCAAGGGGCUCGAGUUUCAGGAUGUUUUAUUGUACAACUUUUUUGGUUCAUCACCAAUGAGUGAUCAAUGGAGGGUUUUGUACGAAUUCUUGAAAGAAAAGGAUCUACUUGAUUCCACUACUCCAAAGUCGUUUCCGAGUUUUAGCGAGUCAAGGCACAACAUCUUGUGCUCUGAACUGAAGCAACUAUACGUGGCGAUCACUCGAACGAGGCAAAGAUUGUGGAUAUGUGAAAACAAUGAAGAGCUGUUGAAGCCAAUACUCGACUAUUGGAGAAGGUUGUGCCUUGUCCAAGUGCGGAAAAUAGACGAUUCUCUUGCAUUCGCAAUGCAAAGAGCUAGCAGCCCCGAGGAGUGGAAAUCACAAGGAGUCAAGCUCUUUUGGGAGAAAAAUUAUGAGAUGGCAACAGUGUGCUUCGAAAAAGCAGGAGAAGAAACAUGGGAGAAAAGGGCUAAGGCUUCUGGUCUUAGAGCUUCGGCCGACUCUAUGCGUGGUUCAAACCCGAAAGAGGCACGUGUAAUGCUUAGAGAGGCUGCCGAAAUAUUUGAUUCUAUUGAUCGAGCUGAUACUGCAGCAGAAUGUUUUUGCGACUUAGGGGAGUACGAAAGAGCAGGAAGGAUUUAUUUGGAAAAAUGUGGUACGUCUGAGCUUCGAAAAGCAGGGGAAUGUUUCUUAUUAGCUGGAAAUUACAAACUUGCAACCGAAGUUUAUAACAAGGGGAAUUUUUUCGACGAGUGCUUAUCAGCUUGCACCAAAGGCAAUCAUUUUGACCUCGGUCUGCGAUACAUCGAGCAAUGGAAACAACAAGCAUCAUUCGAUACCGAAAUUAUUGCACAACAGUUUCUCGAAAAAUGUGCUUUGGAAUGUCGUAAGAAAAAGGACAGUGCAUCGAUGAUGAAGUUUGUUCGUGCUUUCUGUACGGACGAAUCGAAACGCAACUUCUUGAAGUCAAGGGACUGCCUUGAGGAGCUUCUAAUAUUGGAGGAAGAUUCCGGAAAUUUUAUCGAGGCUGUACAGAUUGCACAACAAUUGGGACAUACUUUACGUGAGAUUGAUUUGCUCGAAAAAGCUAAAGACUUUCGAAAUGCUUCUUUGCUCGUAAUUUCGUAUGUAUUGAAUAACUCUCUUUGGGUUAAUGGAAGUAAAGGUUGGCCUCUAAAAUCAUUUCCUGAAAAGGAAGAGAUUUUAGCGAAAGCUAUUUCCGAUGCAAAGAAGGUUUCGGAAAAUUUUCAUGCAUCAAUUUGUGCGGAGGCCAAAUUUUUGUCUAUGAGUGAUAGGAUGAACUUGUCCGAGUUGAUGCACUGUUAUAGUGCUUCGAAGCAAUACAAAUCUCGUGUGGUCGAAAUUCUAUCCGUCAGAAAAUUCCUCGAUGCCCAUUUUCAAGUGCAUCCGACAAAAUACGAAUCGGAUCCUCAAUUAAUGCUCAUUGAUCGAAGUUCAUUCGAAGAACGAAUGUCGAAGAACAAAGUCUCUGAUGGAACGCUGGUUUUCGUUUGUAACCUAUGGAAGGUGCAAAGCUUGGAGAUCUUCGAAUGCCUCGACUCUAUCGAAAGGGCUGACCUCAGCGAAUGUGAAGAUACUGCUCGAUUCUGUUUUAACUACUUUGGAGUGAGGUCGACAAAUAACUCGAGCGACACCUGUAUAUUGCUCAACCCUAAUUCUGCAUGGAUUCGAAAUUCCGACAAGAGGUUCAUUUUGCGGAAAAGAAACGUGGCAACUCUUGAUGCCCGUGAUUUUGCAUCAGCUGCUCGAGAAUAUUGGUGUCAAGAAAUAGUUUCGACUGGACUACGAGUUUUGGAGGCUCUUCAAUCUCGUUUGAUGAAGCUCUCGUUGUCUAUGUACUGCCAGAGUGUGUGCCUCGUUCACAUUUUCGACAUAACAAGGUUCGUCGAGUCGAAAUCACUAACCAUGAAACUGCAGAAAUUUCUGUCGUUAUGCGUCGAGUCCAAAUACUUCCAAUUUGUUUUUCCGUUGGACCCUCGACAGUCAGUAUCCGAGGAUAUGUUAUGGGCGUAUAGGAGAGGCGGUGAUGACAAUGCUCGGGUCUGGAUUAUUGCAGAGAAACGGAAUUCAUGA